AUGCGGAUAUUCAUCUUUGAUGGGACCAGUGUAAUAUAUGUUUGUGCUAUUGUAGCCUUGGUAAAGCUUCUAAUUCGUAUAAUCGGAAAAUGUAAAUUUUCAGAUAUUAAUAUGGGUCGUAAUAAUCGGACAACGACAGAUCUGGAGGCAUCGUCACAACGUGGCAAGAGUUCCCCCUCAAGUGAGUAGUUUUCCUUUCACAGUAAGGGCACGCAGUGAUUUUCAGGUGGCUCUAAAGUCUCGAAUGUCGUCGAAGAAAGCACAGCUUCUGCGGACAACCCAGCUCGACGCAGUCCACCGUUUCCGAAGCGAAAAUCGAGCACGUCUUACCGACUGCAUAUCUCUUCAAUUCCGUCAGUCCGAAGCUCGCACGUUGUCCGAUCAGUUCCGCCUUUGUUCCAAUCACUUUUCUGUUGCAUGAUGACUAACGUUCUGUGUUAUCCUUUCCUAUAUGAACUGUCUGUCUUCCCCUAUUCGUGUCAAUCCGUGUUCUGUUCCUAAUAAUCUUUAAUUCAGACAGUGAGAAGCCGUAUGUGCACCGGAUGAUUGCAGUGGACGAGGUGACGCUGGAAAUCGGUAAUGCUCACUUACGAUUAUAACGUUUUUCAAAUUCCAUAUUCCAGACGGACAACUUAGCAGAAUAGAAGGAGCCGUUCAUCGGUAUGCGGACGAAUCCACGUACUGCUACUUGAAACGAAUCCGAGAAAAAGUGCCGUCGAUCCCGAUUAAUGUCAUCCAUCGGAUAGCGUUCCUCCAAGAAUCUGCGAGAUUCCGUCCGGAAAAGUUCGACGUGGAACAAGUGAUGGAGCUGAGAUCACUUCUCAACCAAUUCCUGAAAAUGUGAGUGAUCCGUUUCCAAUAAAAGGGGUUCCGAUUCGUUUAUUUAUCGGGAAUAAAUCACUCCAGACUGUCCGCCGAGUACGAUUCGCUAGCCGACGAACCGGACACGGCAGCUCCACGUGGCGUCAUCGCCUCUUUCUAUCAAUUCGGACAGAAGAUCAUGCCGAACAACUCUGGGUCAAAGCGACGACGGAACAAGUUUGGAGGAAGUGACGGUGUGUUUUUGUUUGUGCGGCAGGCUGCCGAUUGGCUGAGGAAUGAUAACAUUGCCUGGCUCUCAUGACCUUUAUUUCAUAAAGAGCAUGUCAACUUUGCAGGCGUCCGUUUGCUGAUGAAAGAACGUGAAGAGCAACUUUCGUUGCUCUCGCCGCUCGUCACCAAGAGCGCUGACUCACCACACGCGCAUCUUCGUCGCCAAUCGGACUCACAUUCCGCCCUGCUACCGCCGCACUAG